GCUCCAUGCGGGCUCUGCCGGCUCCGGGAUGAGCCCGUGGCAGCAGCGCCCGCCCAACGGCAGCGCGGCCGGCGGGCCGGGCCCGCGGGGGAACGGCACGGGCCGGGCGGAGCGCGGCAGCGCCGUGUCCGUGGCCAUCCCGCUGACCAUGAUGCUGACGGGCGUCGCGGGCAAUGCGCUGGCCAUGCUGCUCGUGUCCCGCAGCUACCGCGCCAAGGGCAGCCGCAGGAAGCGCUCCUUCCUGCUGUGCAUCGGCUCCCUGGCGCUCACCGACAUGCUGGGCCAGCUGCUCACCAGCCCCAUCGUCAUCUCCGUGUACCUGUCGGGCCGGCCCUGGGCGGCCAUGGACCCCUCGGGCCGCCUCUGCGACUUCUUCGGCUUCAGCAUGACGGUGUUCGGGCUGUGCCCGCUGCUGAUCGCCAGCGCCAUGGCGGUGGAGCGGGCGCUGGCCAUCCGCGCCCCGCACUGGUACGCCAGCCACAUGAGCCCGCGGGCCACCGAGCGCGGCCUGGCCGCCAUCUGGGCCGCCGGCGUGGCCUUCGCGCUGCUGCCGCUGGCCGGGCUGGGCCGCUACGCGCUGCAGUGGCCCGGCACCUGGUGCUUCAUCAGCACGGCCGGCGGCAGCGCCUUCGCCGCCGCCUUCGCCGCGCUGGGGCUGCUGUCCCUCGUGGUGACCGGCGCCUGCAACCUGGCCACCAUCGAGGCGCUGGUGUCGCGCUGCCGAGCCAAGGCCGGCGCGCCUCAGCCCGGCUCGCGCUGGGGCCGCAUCGCCACCGAGACGCUGCUGCAGCUGCUGGGCAUCAUGUGCGUGCUCUCGGCCUGCUGGGCACCGCUGCUG